AAUUUUUCCAUCAAAAUUUGUCCUAUUUUGAUUUUUUUUCCUAAAAAAAAUGAAUUAAAAUUAAUUUUUUAAAGUAAAAGUUGAAAUUUAAAAGGAAAAAUUAUUAAAAAUUAAAUUAAAAUGUUAAAAAUUUUCCUUUUCCUCGCAUUUUUGGUGCAUUCGCAUGCAUUAAAUGUCGAAGAUGUUUUCGUCUCGGAACUUUUCCAAUGGAAAAUCGAUCCAAACACGUUCAAUUGGACUUUUGAGACGCUCACCGAGCAAUUUAGCUAUCGUUGCAGCAAAAAAGGUCAUGCAGAUUUGCCGCGAUGGCUCAACUACAUGUACUCCAAGGAGCAUCAUUGCGGAUUUCUCUUCGGAACACCUCCUGCCGAGCUUGCUGGUCAAACUGUGCCCAUCGAGAUAAUCGCUUUGGAUGAAUUGACGUACGACACGCGAAAACUCACCGUGAAUCUGAUGAUAACGGAACGGAAUCCGCCACGAAGCUAUUCCAGCGUUAUCGCGAUGAAAAUUGAUAAUCUCAAUUGGAUUCACAUCAUGGAUCCGGGACGUGUUGAAACCUUGAAAAAUAUUUUUCGACGUGAAUUGUGGCCCGAAAGCAUGGCAGACCUGGAAUUAGUCUUUAUGGAUUCGGCUGUGAAGUUGGGGGCACGACGCCCGAUCAACCCGCAAGAGCGCGAAGGGGUCGUUGUGCAUUUAGGGAGCACUGUUCCCUUUUCCCAACGACUUUUGGAGCUGCAAGAAGAAGUAAAGCCGCUUUAUAAGAUGCAAAGUUGCUCCUUUAAACGUACGAGUGUCGAAACUUUGUUCGAAAGUUCGGGUUUUAAAUUAGAUUGGUGCUCUUUUCGGAUUAUCGAGGCUGAAAAAACUGCCAAGAAGCAACAAUUUAAACAUGAUCGACAUAACGGGAACAUGAGUCACACGAAAAUUUGGGAACCCUUGAGUAAAGAUGACUUGCCAGUUAGAAACUACAGUGAUGAAUUAGCGAUUUCAAUUGCUGUCCCGGGAGUCAUUUUAACAUUAUUGAUUGCUCUAUUGACCGUCGUUUUGUGCUUUGAACAUGAAUCCUUGAAAGAUGAAGCCUCCGAAGAAUUUUUCGAAGGACUUUUUGAUAUUUGUCUUGAUUUUUUUAGGGGCGAAAAACCAGCUCCCACAGUUCAAAUGGUUCAUUACAGCACAUUGAACAACCAGCCGACAACCACGUUGAAAAGUUUGCGGGAAAUUACUCCAACGCAUUUUGUGGAUGAUGCGAGUAUUCGGUCAACGAGCCCAUCUGGAAGCAUGUUUAUCGAUAAUAGUCCGUUGCCGGUAAUGAGACCCUUGCCUCCGCCCUAUAAAAGUCGCAAUGGAGGGGUUCAUAUUUGAUCUGAGCCUCGGAUGCUUUACUGUUAGAGGAUUUUCAUAUCAUAUUAAAAUUAAAAAAAAAAAUAUCUUGCAAUGUUUAGACAAUAUGUUAGUGUGCUCUGUAGUUGAUGUUUCGUAGCACGUAUUUAGAAGAAAAGACUUACUCAUCUCAUCAAUUGAUUCAAUUCAGUCAAUAAAUGAAUUAUUG